GUCACACAUUGUGUGUAGUUUUCGUUUCUAUCUGUACCUCUCCGUCCGAGGACUCGGCACAGACUCGCGCGUAGUCGCGGGACUAAUACCGCGUCGUGCUCACGUGAAAGAUCGUUCAUUGUAAAAAUCCGCAUUGAAGUAUAAGAGAAAGAGAGAGACAGAAAGAGAGAGAGAGAGAGAAAGAGAGAGAGAGAGAAAAAAGUUCUGGCGUAACAUUUCAAAAUUGAUUGAUAAAUUUACUGUCUCUCUUGUUCGUUUCAAUCGACGCGUGUGAUUCAACGAUGUUUCGGAAAUUUUUGAUAACGGACAAUUUGUUAUUAAAUUAUUCGAUCAACGAGUUCUAUCAUGUGAAUCAUUUUUAUCACGUUAACGUACGUGCAUCGGCCAAGAUGGAUCGUCGUCGGGAAUGUGUCGAAAGAUUGUGAGACCAAACAUGGAUACAUCCUAGUGAACAUUUUAUUUUAAAAGUAAAAAAGAGAAAAAAACACAACAAAGGGGAAACAUAGCGCGGAGAACAUAAAACGCGCAGGUAGUCAUCGUACGCUUUAGUCUUUCCGCAAUUACGAAACAACGACGAUCAAAAAAGGUGCGGGUGAUGUUAUCGGAGACUCAAGGUCACGUCGUUCCAGUCAUCGAGUCGCUGCUUGAACGAUCCACCGUCGUCUUUGUUAAACGAUUCACCACGGUCGACAGAUAAGAGAACUCGAAACAAUCCUACUAUCUUGGACUUAGAAAUUUAUUUGUUUAUCGUUUGAUUUCUUUUUUCUUUUUUUCAAUUACGACAGUUCUCUACUAGUUACUUAUCCAUUCAAAGAAAAGACAUUUCUAUGAACGAAGCCUCUAGGAAAGAAGCAAACAAAUUCUAUAUUUAUAUCUUUAAUAUUCCCGCUCGUUUCCAUACCACGUGCUCGGAGAACGAAUGCUUAUCUGAAGAUCCGGUGACACCGAAUGACGCUUAGACGACUAAUUAUCUUUCGAGUAUCUUUGCUAAAAUCGUCUUCGUUGAGGACUCCUCGCGAACAUCGUAGGAAGGCGAAAAAAAAGAAGGAAAGGUCGGCGUGUGUUACGUCGGUACGUAUUGACAGCUGUGUGUACGUAAUUGGCACUCUGUUUGUACAGACUGUCAGUGUGCUCGUCGUUCUCUCGCGGAACUUCGUGAUACUUCGGAAAGGUGGACUGUUUGCGAGGAACAGCAGACGCGUAAUUGCUAUACUUUGACUUGGCGAACGUGCCUCGACCACCACGGAUGGCUUUGAGUUUCUUUGCCUUUGUCCGUUAAUGUUAAUUAGCCGAUAGGAACACGCUCCCCACGUUUUCCGCGAACGAACUCGCCGUGUGUAUGCGAGCAAACGAGUGGGUGUAGGACUACGAUUCUCUGCGAGCGCGUGAUCACUAACACGACGGAUUAUUCGCCGACUGGCGGCUUGCCGGCCGGCAUGGCCGCGGAAUGCACGGUCAAAAGGUGCGGCGUAAUUUCGUCAAUAGGGUGGGCAGAGGAUCGAAACGCGUCCGGAGCAGUUUGGUGCAUUAAACGAAGGGAUCAUAUCGGGGAAGACGAAGGACUCUGACUACUAGCCUCCCCUUCCCUCGUGUGCGCGACUACUUCUUCCCCCCUUUUCGCGUCUAGAAAAUUCCCACCCAUCGUUGCUCCAGUUUCCGAUUUUUCUUUCUUCGGUGGUGAGCCAAGUGUGAUAAAAAUUAAAUGAUAUGUACCAGUGAUCAGAGGUGAUGGUGGUGUGAUACUACGAGAGAAGGGUGCGCGCGUGUCAGAUCUAUGUGUGUGUGUGAAUAGAAGAAGCGAAAUAGAGCGAGAGGGUGAGAGGGUGAAAGAGAGAGAGAGAGAGAGAGAGAAAGAGAGAGAGAGAGAGAGAGAGAGAGAGAAGGAGAGAGAGAGAAAUAGGGUAAGAGAGCGAGGGCAAGGAUUACGAAGAUACACGGUUUGAGGUGAUAAAUAUAUAAUAUAUGUAAAUGUAUAUGUAUACAUUCAUGUAAAGACGUGUGCCAGUGUGUGCGUACGGAGAGUACAAAAAGUUUAGUUAUAUAGGAGGUAAUAGAAGAGGAGAAAAAGAAAAGUUACGAAAAGAGAAAAAUAAAAAUAAAAGAGAAGAGAGAAGAAGGAUCGGUUUAAGAAGGAGUCAAAAAGUGAAAUAGAAGAAAGAAAGAAAGAAAGAAAGAAAGAGAAAGAGACAGACAGAGAAAAAGAGCGUGGAGAGGGUGGUGGUGAUAUCGGCAGGUGGGAGAGGAGGGACAGUAGUAGUAUAGCAUGAGUUCGUACUUCGCGAAUUCGUACAUCCCGGACCUGCGAAAUGGCGGGGUGGAACACCCGCAUCAGCAUCAGCAGCACUACGGUGCCGCGGUACAGGUGCCCCAGCAAACGCAAUCGGUACAGCAACAAUCGCAACAGCCUGGCGAUCCGUGCGAUCCGAGUUUGCUUAGGCAAGCGGUGUCUGCGCACCAUUAUGGGGCAGGUGGGGGUGCCGGUAGUGCCGGUGGACAGCAGGACAUGCCAUAUCCGAGGUUUCCGCCGUACAAUCGGAUCGACAUGCGAAACGCGGCAUAUUAUCAGCAUCAACAGGAGCACGCUGGAAUGGACGGUAUGGCGGGCUACAGGUCGGGCUCACCGACCACGGGGAUGGCUCACAUGGGUCAUACACCCACGCCGAAUGGUCAUCCCUCGACUCCAAUCGUCUACGCGAGCUGUAAACUCCAAGCGGCCGCCGUCGAUCAUCAAGGAAGCGUUCUCGAUGGGCCAGAUAGUCCGCCGCUCGCCGUCGAGACUCAAAUGCACCAUCAAAUGCACACCCAGCACCCUCAUAUGCAGGCCCAACAGGCACAACAGACGCAUCAGCAACAGCAAUCCCAACACCAACAUCUACAGGCGCAACAACAGCACAUGAUGUAUCAACAACAACAGCAACAGCAACAGGCUCAGGGUACGACGCAACAGCCUCAACCUGGCAUGCACCCUCAGCAACAGCCUCAGACACAGCAGCAUCAGGGGGUCGUAGCUUCGCCGCUUGGUCAACAGCAACAGCCCACCCCUCAGGGAGCCGCCAGCGCGAACUUACCCAGUCCUCUCUAUCCUUGGAUGCGGAGUCAGUUCGAGAGAAAGAGAGGCCGACAAACGUACACCCGUUAUCAAACGCUGGAACUGGAAAAGGAGUUUCAUUUCAACAGAUAUCUCACGAGGCGGCGACGUAUCGAGAUAGCGCACGCCCUUUGUCUUACGGAGAGACAGAUAAAAAUCUGGUUUCAGAACAGGCGGAUGAAAUGGAAGAAGGAGAACAAGUCUAAGGGUGAUCCAGGCUCGGGCGAUGGCGACACUGAAAUUUCUCCGCAAACGUCGCCGCAGGGUUGAAAGAACCCCCCGGAGGAGUGGAACUUCCAAAGAGGUCUCAUCUCUCUCAGGGUCGUUAAUACCUUAUUUCCAGCACUACCUCCUUCCCCAAACCCCCAUUUAAUGACCUCCCCCAUCCCCAGGACGAACCCCGACUCCCUCGACCACCCUCCCCCCCCUAUCUCCCCCGCUCCCGUCUAAUCAUACCCCAACCAGCAAUGACGCUUCUUUUGUCGUGUUAAUCAAGUUACUCGUACCAAAAAAAGAAAGAUGUAAUAGGAAUAGAAGCGAAGAAGACGCGAUGAAGAACGUUCUUGUAGUAUAGAGAAGAGGAAGAAGAAGAAGAAGAAGAAUGAACGAUGACAAAGGAAUGGUAGAGAGAAAGAGAUAAAUAGAUAGAGAAAGAGAGAGUGAGAGAGAAAGGAGGUGUAUGAUGGUGCGGACAAGGACGACAAGAUUGAAGGAAGGGAACGUAGAACGAGAGAAGGAGAAAGAGAAUGAAAGAAAGCUAGAAGAGGGUUAGAGAUAAAAGACAAAAAGAGAGUCGGAAGAGAAUUUAUGGGAAUGAAUGAUGUUACGGAUAUAACGGAAUGAAGAGGCAAAAUAAAAGGAACUGGAUCACAUGCUAAUCAGAACCGCGUUAACCUCUAUUACGUUUAAACGAACAUAAUUGUACUAAAGUCUAUAUAAAUAUACGUCGUCGAAGGAAAUGUACGUAUUUAAAAUACAUUGAUUGCCACUCGAUUGUCGUACGUCUUAUUUUGAGGGUGGGAAGGUGGGACUAUGGUAUAAAAAUAUUCAUUAUUAUAAGCAUAUAAUAAUAAAUUAUUAUAUUUUGUGAUUAAAUGAGACUAUACCAUUAUUAAUAAUUUUAUUUCGUCGAUGAUCACUCGUAUUCAUCGUGAUCGUACAGUAAUGUUUGAAAAUUGCAAAAUAAAAAAAAUAAAAAAAAAAGAAAAAAAAAAAAGGAACUUCGCACGAAUAAUGUAAUUAUUAAUUGUUUCAUAGGACACAAUAUUUAUUUUACAUUGUUAUCUAGUUGUCGAAAAUUUUUUAAUCGGUGUCAUAGAUUGACUUUAUAGUUAUUAAUUUGUAAAUUUUUUCCCAUUGAAUAUAAUGAUACCAUUUGAAGGACAAAAUCAAUAGUGGCAAUCAACGUGUUAAAGGGAAUUUGUGAGAAUAUCGAUGGAAGUGUAUGAGAAAGUAUGGAAUAUUAAGGAAGAUGUGUGUAUUUGCCUGUGUGAUAGAUAAUACGUGUAUGUUGAUAUCGAGUGAGGAAGAAAACAAAAAAAAAAAAUGGAAAGAUAAAACCGCGUAAUAAGUUAGGAAAAUGUUUUUAUUAUUUAUUCUCUUACGUCGUAUAUACGUAUAGUCGUAGAGAGCGGUUAGUAGAAUAUAAGAGAGAAUGAAAGAAAGAGAGAAAGAAUGAAAAUGAGAGAAAGAGAGAGAGAGAGAGAAAGAGAGAGAAAGAGAGAAAGAAUGAGAGAGAGAGAGAGAGAGAGAGAGAGAAAGAAAGAGAGAGAGAAAGAGAGAGAGAAAGUUAUGGUUGUCCAUCUGUAAUACUAUGUAGCGGUGGAUGUACGAGCACAGUUUAGUGUCCUUUAGAGAUUCGUUUAGAUAGUUUUUUCGCUACACUACCGCGCGCGCGCGCGCGCGUGCACGGCCAGUGACUUGGCGAAGGCAUCUCGAAUUUUCUGCGAACGUGCCAACGUGUGUGAUCUUUUGAACGUAUUUUUCGCAUUAUCGAAAUCGGAAUUCACGUAGGCAAGGAAGAAGGAAAAAGAGAAAAAAAAAGCAAAAAAAAAAAAAAAAAAAAAAAGAAACAAAAACUGACGGAAUGAGAGAUAAAAGAAAAAUUGGAAGAACGAAUCGAGAUAAUGAGGAAAAAUUUGUAAUACUUAUAUAUACGAAACAGUGAAAAUAAAAAUAAAGUGCGCGUACGGGGUGUCCCGUUUGUUCGUAAAACGAGACGCGAAUUUAGUGAAAUACGGUGAUAAAACGAGAAUGAAAAGGAAAAUGAGAAAGAGAAAGAAAACGAAAACGAAUCGGAUAAUGUGGAAAAAAAAAGAAAAAAGAAAAAAAAUAAAAGGACAGAAAAAAAGAUAGAAGAUGGAAGAUGGAGGCAGGCGUAUCGAAUGGAGCGAAGUCGAAAAUGUUUUCUUUUUUUUCUUUUUUUUUUCUUUUUUUUAUUUUUGUCCGAUAUAUAUAUAUAUAUAUAUAUAUAUAUAUAUAUAUAUUUCUUUUUUUUCUCUCUCUUUAUUAUUGACAAGAAGAAAAUGAGUGAGAUAUCGGCGAAGGGAAAGAAAAGAAAAAGAAAAGAAAAAAGAGCAAAGAAAAGAAAGAAAUGUUAUAAUUUAGGGAAGAAACGGCGGAGGUCCUCCGGCAGAGCAGAGACCAGCCAACUUGGCGUUUAUUCAUCGAUAUCGUCGCAAGGUCAGUCACAUAUAUGAAAGUUAAAUUAGAAAUUAUUUCGUUCGAUCGAAUUUACGUUUCUUUUCCAAUGAUAUCAUUAAGAUCAUUCGUAGAAACGUUAGACCGAUUAAAAAAUCGUUAAAGGAUUCUUGUAACGCCUUGCAUUUAAAUCUAAUGUGCCAAUAGCAUUUGAAAUUGUGCAAAUUACAAUUCGACGGAUAUAAUACAUUUUUUUUUUUUUUUCUUUUUACUUUGAUAAUACUCUUUUCUUCUCUGUAUUCGGGUGAAGUACUUUCUAGUAUCAUGGCUACCGGUUUUAAUCGAAGGAAGAUGUUCAGCGUAUUUUUCAAAGAGAAACGCGUUGCAAAGCGAGUUUACGCGAUCGUAAAACCGGUUCUUCCGAUUAAUCGAGUAUCGUCGAUAAAGAGAAAGAGAUAGAUAGAUAGAGAUAACGAGAGAAAGGAAGAGAGAAAGAGAGAGAGUGAGUGAGUGAGUGAGUGAGUGAGUGAGUGAGUGAGAGAGAGAGAGAGAGAGAGAGAGAGAGAGAGAGAAAGGGAGAGAAAGAGUGCAAGAGUGAGAGUACACAGCAUCCAUUAUCUUGAUUUACAUGCAUCUUCCUUCGACGGUGAAAACGCGCUUUAAUGAUCUCGAUCGACCUCUUCCGGAAUUACGUUGGAAAUAAUUCGCAUUCGCGGCACGACGACCUUUCGUUUCUGUAAAUAAUUUUCCAUGUGGAAUAACGGGGUGGAGUAUAAAGGGGGAUAUAAAGAAAUGGAGGUGGGGAUUAUCGGGGGUGGACGAGGAAGAAGGUAUAUUAUUCUCGCGCACGAUCGUCGAUCCUUUAAAAAAUCGACUCCUGCUCCGCGCGACGUGAGGCCAAGUUACCAAGUGAUGUAAUACAUAGUGUAUUUUUGGAAUAGGAUGUUUUCGGCAUGAAACCGCUUGGCAACUUAAUGGCGUCUCGAAAGUGGGUUUACUGGCACGGGAUCCUCUCGUCGCGAGCCAAAUUCUCUUUCGCAGAGUAACGGCGCGUAAUUUUGAAAGGAAAAAUGAAAAUGAUACAAAAAAAAUAAAAAAAAAAAAUUAAAAAAAAAAAACACAAGAAAGAAACCAAAAAAAGGAAAAAACAAAACUAAGGUAAAAUAAAGUAACAAAAUAAAAAAGAAAAAAAAAAAAAAAAAAAGAGAAAGACACUUGUUCGAUCACCGUCCAUGCUUGCGACGAAAGUGGCAUCACCAUUUUAACCAAAAGAAGAAAAGAAAACUAAAAAAAAAAAAAAAAAAAAAAAAAAGAAAAGAAAAAGAAAAAAAAGAUUCGCAGUGCGGUAUAUCGCUUUGUCAAAUUUUGAAAAUGGAAGAAAAGAACAAAAGAAAAAAAAAGAAAAGAAAAGAAAAGAAAAGAAAAGAAAAGAAAAAAAAAGAAGAGAGAACAUAAAAAUUGUAUCGCUUUUUCCUCGAUCGCAUUGCAUUUUGUCUUUAUAUUUCUUACAGAAAAUUUCUAAUCUAACGAAUAUCGUUCGCGUUUGAAGCGUUGGGACGCGUUAAAUGUGUCAAGCGGUGAACCGGAUAGCCUGUCGGCUCGAACACCGAGCGUGAUAAGAACGAAAGUUCCUCCGAUUGGCCGAAAAAUGUCGCUAACGAAGAAUUCAAAGAAAUUCUAUACUCGGUGUUUUUAUCCUAACGAGCCAAGGUACUCCGCCGCGGCGAAAUCUGUGCUGUGUUGUAAACUUAGCUCGACAUACGUUUAGUUUAUACGUACUCACACAUACACAUAUAUACAUACACAUAUACACACACACACACACAGAGACACACAUACACACAAACACACUUCAUUAACGAUAUACGUAAUGAACGAUAUUAAUGAACACUUAAUGAUAAUUAUAAUGAUAAAAGUAAUAAGGAUAAUGAUAACGGUAAAGAUAAACGGACGGCGCUGCUGAUGGAAGUAUUAAUGCAAAAAUGAAGCAAAUGAAGAAAGAAAAGACAAAGGGAAAAUAUAAAUGUCGCGAUCUCGAAUGUCUCUAUGUAGAAUGAUGUUAUAUGAGAAUGAAUGAAAUAAAGAAAAAAGAAAUAAAUGGGGAAAGGUACAUACUUAUUACGAAAGAAGUCGUACGCGUUUCGUAUGUACAUACUCAUAGAAAUCGUCUCCCCCUAAUUCGUGUUUAAAAAGAUAAACGAGGGUUGAAAAACGUGCUUACCGAUAUACGUAAUUAAUGGUCGUUCAUUCAACGGCCGGCCUUCCUCAAUCGAAAGAUUUAUUUAUGGAAAAUCUUUUUGUCCUUUGAAAGCAACGAACUCACUAUAAAAAGAUUUCCGGCGAUCGUUCUUUCACAAUUUUCGCGUAACUUUAUAUUUCAUUGACGAUUUAACGAAACCAACAAAGUAUUUAGGUUCUCGUUAUUAUAGACGAUAAUAUUAAAACUAUUACGAUAAUGAUAAUAGUAUAUUUUUUUUUUUUGGUUUAAUUAUAAAGAGAAAUGCCGUGGGAUAUCGUUAAAUGGAUUUAUCGAAAGACGAUCGAUUCGUGUAUCGUUCAUUUGACCGUGACAUUCAUUGAUAUAAAUUGAUCGUCGAUACGAAAUGAUCAACAACGAGAUCGUACGUUCUCUCGUAGAAAUUUAAUCGUCGAUACGAUGCUCGUGUACUUAACUAAGUAAUACACGUGAAUGGCAUUCGAAAGUAGCAUAAUCAUAAUUGGCUUGAAAUAACGUCGCCAUGGAGAAAAUGAAUGUAGUAUCUUGUUCGCAUUGACCGUAAAACCAUUCAUCACAUUUCUUCUUCUUCUUCUUCUUCUUUUUCUUCUUCUUCUUCUUCUUCCCUCCACCUACAGUUUAUAAAGUAUAUGAAAGAAAAAAGAAAAAAAAAAAAAGAAAAAAAAAAAGAAAAGAAAAAACAAAAAUCUAUAAAGAUAUUUUCCACUCAUAGAUUAUGGCCGUGCGUUUUGUUAUCUCAACUCGUUAUCGGUUAACUCUUAGUGCAUUGAGACUAGUAGUCUGACUCGCACUUUCGAUAACGCGAUUUAUAAACGCGUGCAAUAAAUCGAUUAACCUUAGCAGUUCGAAGCAACGAUCCUUUCGAGCAUUUCGUCGAUCGCUCGCGACACGCGAGUUAAUUCCAGAUACAUUAAUCAGCGAUACGAUCUAUAUGGGUCAGAUAAUAGUUGGCAUUGAGGUGCCGAGGGUGCGGCUUUGCGAGACAAAGCUGCUAUUUAUUACCCUUACGCCACGAUAACGGACGUGUUACGACAUGGUACAAACGAAGUCCCGAUCAAAAUUUUCCGUUUUUCCUUCUCUCGUUCCUUAAUCUUUUGAGAUAAUCGAAAGAUUUCGAAUCGAUCGAGGGACUAUGGAUAUUUCGACUUCGAAAUCAAUUCCCUUAGCAAUAUCCCAAGUAUUUCUCUUUCGUAAAAGUGAUUCGUAAGUGCAAUAAACGAACGUAUUUUAUUCUUUUUAUUUUCUUUUUUUCUCUCUCUUUUUCUUUUUUUUUUUCCUUUUUUUUUUCUUUUUCUGUCUCUUUUUCUUCUAAUCGAUCGUAAACGAGGAAAAAAAAAAAUCGUCGCGAACGAUCGCCGUGAACAUCGACUUUACAUAACAACAAAUGAAAUUUUGUAUUCGACGAAUGGCCGAGUUCCAUUUAAACGUAGAAAGGUAUAUAAUGUUAUGUGACCACGGAGUAAAGAGAAAAUGAAGGAUAUAUAAAUAAUGAAAAAUUGAGAAAAAGAGUGAAUGAAUGAGAGAGAGAGAGAGAGAGAGAGAGAGAGAGAGAGAGAAUUCGUAGAAUUAACUGGAAGGUAUAAAUUCAAAUUAUAUAUUUUAUCUCUACUCGUAUGCAUAUAGUCGCGUAAUGAAAUAGAAAAAAGAAAAGGUAAAUUUUAUAUAUAUAUAUAUAUAUAUAUAUAUAUAUAUAUACAUAUAAUAAUUUAAAGUAUAUGUGUGUAAAAGAGUUUUAAGAGUAGAGGGAGAUGAGGCAAGAGUUGGAAAAAAGUAAAAAAACAAUGUGUACGUACGAAGUGUGUCGCUACGUUAGCCCAUAAUCUCGAUUAAGAUUAAGGACUAAAAUCUACUUCCUAAGGUGGUAAUUAAAUAGAUUAUUAAGAAAAACGGGCAUGUCGGUUGCGGCGGGCGGGGAAAACGAUUAAUGACGAAAAUCAGAUCGAUUCUAGAGAAUGAAAGAAAUAGAGAGGAAGAGAGAGAGAAAGAGAGAGAGAGAGAGAGAGAGAGAGAGAGAGAGAGAAUGAAAGAAUGAAAGAAUGAAAGAAUGAAAGAAAGAGAGAGCAAAUGAUGGAAUGAAUAAAAUGGGCAAAUGAUUGCGAUUGAAAUUCCGCUAUUGUGAAUAUGGAGAUAUAUAACAAGAAAUAAUACGUACUACAUAGUUCAUGGAGUUUGCGGUAAUGUAAAUACGUAAUCUUAAUGUUUCUACCGGAGAGCCCGUAAACGUCAUGACGCAUAAAGCGGCGUUUCGAAUGAGAGGAAGAGAGAGAGAGAGAGAGAGAGAAAGAGAGAGAGAAAGAGAGAGAAAGAUAGAGUGAGAGAAAUGGAGAGAGAGAGAGAGAGAGAGAGAGAGAGAGAUAGAGAUAGAGAUAGACACAUACAACCAGCAGCUUUCGACCGAUUAUAUCGUUUAGCAACGUAGUAUUUAUUGAUAUACCAUGUUAUAUGUCGCAAAAUGGAUUCUUUAUUUGUUUUAACUGAUUGUCUAAUAAAUAUUUUUUACAAUGUAAACAGGUAGUUUUUAGGUGUAUUUGUGCGUACCAAGUCAAAUGAUAUCCCAGAAAAAAGAAAAUAUGUUUUCUUAAAACGAGAAAUUUCAUGUGCUUAAUCGAAGUUAUUCAUUCUACUUUAUAUUAAAUACUUUCGAUUAUUUUAGCGUCAUUGAAUUAUUAUCGAUUCUCAAAAGAAAUCUCAACUGAUUCCAUUCGAUAUUGUUAAAUUUUUUUUCUUAUCUAUUUUAUUUUUCUUUUCUUUUUUUUUUGUUUUCUUCUUCUUUUUCUUCUUCUUCUUUUUCUUCUUCCUCUUCUUCUCUCUCUUUGCAUUAUUGUCAAUCUUUAAUAUUUCGAAGUGUCGAAAGUAGCGUUGAAAGAAUUUUUAUUCAUGAAAAUUAGAUUGCGAUUAGAGAUUUGAAUCGAGUUAGAGUAAUCGAUAUCUUGAAGUCGUGACCUCGCACGCGAAUGCACCGAAGAGUUCCUGACCCCCCUGUGCUCUCCUGGCAGGUGUCGUUAGUUUCGUAUAAUAAAUUUAUAAGUAUAUUGUACAUCUAUCGAGAUCAUCUAUCUUUAAAAAUAUGUUUAGCAGAGAAAAAGGAAAAAGAAAAGAAAAGAAAAGAAAAGAAAAGAAAAGAAAAGAAAAGAAAAAAGAAAAAAAAAGAGGAAAAGAUUCCUUCGGCUCCGAACUUCGCUCUCGAUAUAAAUAAACUCGAUCGUUAAAUUUCGCUCUGAUAAGUAAAUUAAAUACCUUUUGCAAACUGAAACGCCAUUGACGUUUCUUUUUCUUUACUUUUUUUUUUUUCUUUUUUUCUUUUUUUUUUCCUUUCUUUCCUCUUUCUUUAAUUUAUUAACAAAUAAAAAAAAAAAAGAAAAAAAAAAAAGAGAUCGAACGAACGAAAAAAUGUCCGAUGGGAUAUCGAUCGAUCAGAAAAGUUAUGCAUCUAAGUACGUACGUAAGAACGAUUGAAUUUCGAUGUUUUAUCAUUUCUAUCAGUUACUUACGACGAUAAAUCGCAAGGUAGCUCGCGAAAGCUUAACUUGUUGUAUCGUACUAAAUCAACUAAUUUAAUACUCAACGCUCGUCGAUGUAUAUCGUGUGUAAAUACAGAAGUAAUUAAGAUGCAUCGGAUAACGGUAUCAUCGCGUCAGUCUGGACAUUGCGCGCGAGUUAAAUCGAUUUCUCCGACGAAUACGAAUAGACGAAUUAUACGAGAUGUCAUUUCAAUUCGAAGAAAGGAAAAACGAAGAAAAAAAGAAAAAAAAGCAAAAAAAAAAAAAAGAAAAAAGAAAUUGAGGAAAAGGCAAAUAGACAAAAAAUGAGAAAAGAAAGAAAAAUUACGUGUAGUGCACGCGAGGUAUCCCUCUUUAAGCUCAACGUCUCCUCCUCCCCCUCCCCUUCCACCCCCACCCUCACUCCUGCCCUCCUUCCAUCCAUUCAUCCUUCCUAUUCCACAUCGGCAGAGCACAGCGCACGAAGACUGAUAGAUCCGAUUAAAUGCCACAUACAUACAAUAUAACGAGAAACAUUGUAUACAUUAGAAAUGGAAUAAGUUUGAUAUAACGACCGAAAUCAAUAUAUAAAUGUUCGAUUACGUGUACGAAUAUAAAAUAAAAGAAAAAGAAAAAAUAUUCGUCGACUUACGAAAAUCUUCGAAAGUCGUCGAUCGACGAAUGAAUUUCAUGAAUCGUUUAGAUGAAAAUUUAAAAAGAAAUCGGAAAUAGAAAAUAGAGAAGAAG